AUGAGUAAAGAACAAAAAGAAUUUGGUGGUACAAUAGGAGCUAUUGGUUUAAUGAUAUUUUCACAUUUUGUACCAUUUUAUUUUACCUUAUCACUUCGAUAUAAUUCAGGUGGUCCUUAUUUUCCAUUAUCAUUUAAUGAAUUUAUAGAAAAUUUUAAAGAAACAUGUUCACCAACAUGGUCAGCUUUUUAUCUUUAUACAGGAUUUUGUCUUUUACAACUUAUAUUUGCUGCUAUUUUACCUGGUUUCAAAGUUAAAGGUUUACCAGUACCGACAGAAAAUAAUCGACAAUAUACUUAUAAUUGUAAUGCAUUAGCUAGUUGGUAUUUAACAUUAAUACUUCUUACUAUAUUUCAUAUAACUGGUAUAUUUCGAUUAACAAUAUUAGUUGAUCAAUUUGGUUCAGUAUUAUGUGUAGCUGUGAUAUGUAGUGAUAUUUUAUCAGUAUUUAUUUAUUUUUAUGCUAUACAAACAAAUCAAACAUGUCGAAUGACACAUUCACCUAUUUAUGAUUUUUUUAUGGGAGUUUGGUUAAAUCCACGUGUUAAAAUUUUGGGACAAGAUAUUGAUCUUAAAAUGUUAGCUGAGGUACGUUUAUCAUGGCUUUUAUUAUUUCUUUUGAUUGUUUCUGCUGCAUUAAAACAAUAUGAAGCAUUUCAUAUCGUUUCAUGGCCAAUGAUAUUUAUCUUAACAGCUCAAUUACUCUAUAUAAAUGCUUGUAUGAAAGGUGAAGAAUGUAUUCCAACUACUUGGGAUAUAUUCUAUGAAAAAUGGGGUUGGAUGUUAAUCUAUUGGAAUUUAGCUGGUGUUCCAUUUGUAUAUGCAUUUCAAGCUAAUUACAUUCUCGUUAAUUCUUUAAGAACACAAAAGCCAACGGAAGGUACAUCGAUGAUAUUAAUUAUUGUAUUAUUCAUUGUACUUUUCUUUGCUUAUUAUAUAUGGGAUUCAUCUCAAGCACAAAAAAAUCGUUUUCGUAUGAAACAACGUGGAACAUAUGUACCACGAAAUACAUUUCCACAAGUUCCAUGGAAUACAUUAAAAGAUCCAAAAUAUUUAAAAACUAACUGUGGUUCAACAUUAUUAAUUGAUGGUUGGUGGAAAUAUUGUCGUAAACCACAUUAUACAGCAGAUAUAUGUAUGGCAACAUGUUGGGCAUUAUCAUGUCAUCAAUGGCCAGGUGUUUUACCGUAUUUUUACCCAAUAUUCUUUUUCGGUAUGAUUAUUCAUCGUUAUACACGUGAUGUAUCUCGAUGUAAAACGAAAUAUGGUAAAGAUUGGACAAUUUAUUGUGAAAAAGUACCAUAUGCAUUUAUUCCUGGACUUAUUUGA